UCGUGUUCCACCCCACCAGCAGCCCCGAACGCCAAUUUUCAAAAGAAAUCGCUCGUCGGUAUCGCCUUCGCGAUCACAGCAUCACUGGUUUUCACCAACAACCAGCCGAAGCCCGCCUCGUACUCGCCAUAUGCCGACGCCACGUCCCAGUCCAUUCGCGUCCCUCUUCGCAGCGCGUCGACACACAGACCGCCUGUCUCCGGUUCGCCCGCAUGAGGCCGUAGUCCAUCACAACCCCGAGUACAAUGGGCUGCCGCGGAACGACGCUGAUAACAUGCACCACCGUGACCAUAGCCAAGACGAAAGGAUUUACCAGAACGUGGACCUUGGCGGCAACAACCCAAUUCCAGCGGACGGCGGGCUGCAAAAUCGCCAUCCUAUAAAUCUGCUGGAUUUUGGCUACGAGAGCAACAGCAACAGCAACAACCAGCACCACGGCGUCAACGACCAAGUUGCCCAACCUGAUAUUCCACCAGCAUCGUUGCCGCCGGAAGCAUCAUCGUCGUCGUCUUCGGUUUCCUCCCCGCGACAGCAAUACUUGUUUCGCGUCAGCGAAGAAGGUUUUCGUCUGCCGCUGCAAAGCAGCCUCAAUGCUGAACGGGAGAUGGACACCAUCGACGAGAAUGACAAUGAAUGGGAGGAUGAAGAUGAGGAGGGAGACGAUGACGGCGACGUUAAGCACCAUGUAGUCGGCAGCGGCCACGACGACGACGACCAAAAUAACGACCGUGACGACUAUGGGCGCGAAGAGCCACCGGUGAGCGGUGACCUGGGCGUUGGUCAAGGCAAACAGCAACAAUACUAUGACUAUCCGUAUGACUAUCCCCUGCCGCAGUCGGAGAGCGAACAUCCAGCUGGGCACCGUGGGCGCGGAGGGCGCAGAGGAAGAGGAGGGCGAGGACGCGGCGGUCGGGGUGGAGCGCCCGAGUGGUGCCGAGAAGCCGGAAGUCGCCUGUCCAGACUGGAGUGAAAUGGCUUAUUGUUUUGGGACGUAAGGAGUUUCUUCUUCUCUCCUCAAUUCGUCUUUUGUUAUAUAAAUGUACAGCUUUUUGUUGUUUUGUCGGGUCGAAAAUUAUUUCUGGAAAUUAAAUCCCUUUUUUGUAUAAUACAAGUCUUAGGAGCGGCGGCGGCUUUAUACGCUGUAUUUACUU